AAAAUCAAGAAAUCCAAGAAAAUGAAGAAAAUGAAGAAUCUGGCGAAAUUGAAGCAGAACCUGAAGAAACCAUAGAUCUUAUCUUGGAUGAAGACUUUGAUGAUGAUGAGUCGCCAGAUUUGAGUUCUUUGGAAGCAGAUUUUGGUAUAGAAGAAGAGAAUGGUGAAAUGCUUUCUUCAGAAAUUGGUAAUAUUAUUCAUCCAGCAGUAGAUGAUAAUGCUAAGUGGGAUUUAAAUAUACUUUUCAAUGAAUUACAAUUACCUUAA